GGAGGAUUAUCUUUCCAGCAACUCUUUUUGGCACAACACCAGUGUCACGUCCAGAAGGUGGUAGCAGUUUCUGAGAGUGGCCGACGGGCUGCAGCACCGACUUGACUGUGAGCCUGUCAAACACAACCAACACAGCCGACAUGGCGGACUGGGACGCUGACAACUUCGAGCCGGAGGAGCCGAUUAAAAAGGCGGCAGCGAUGGAUAAAUGGGAAGGCGAGGACGAAGAUGAAGAUGUUAAGGAUAACUGGGAUGAUGAAGAUGAAGAGGAGGAGAAGAAAGUGAAGAGCUUAGAGCCAACAAAGGUUUCAGACAAAAAAAAGUUAAUUGAAAAGAUCAAAGAGAAGGAAAACCAGUUAAAAAAGAAACAGGACCAGAGGAAGGAACUGGAAGAAAACAAAGAAGAACUGACUCCCGAGGAACAACUUGCAGAGAAGUUGAGAGUCAAGAAAUUGCAGGAAGAUGCCGAUUUGGAGCUUGCAAAAGAUGCUUUUGGUGUCAGCUCUGUCACAGGUAUUGACGCCAUGUGUCCAUCUUCCAAAGAAGACUUCACAGAGUUUGAAAAAUUGCUGAAAGAAAAGAUAACUCAGUUUGAAAAAUCUGUCCAUUAUUCAAGUUUCUUGGAUUCUUUGUUUCGGGAACUUUGUAUUUCAUUGGAAGUAGAUGACUUGAAGAAAAUCAGUAGUUCCCUUUCAGUUCUACUUAGUGAAAAACAGAAACAAGAAAAACAAAACAAAGGGAAAAAGAAGAAGAAAGGGGUCGUAGCUGGCGGUGGUUUGAAGGCGCAGAUGAGAGAUGACCUUGACUAUGCAGAAUUUGAUGGUGGUUACGCCCAAGACUAUGAGGACUUCAUGUGACACUGGCUCCAUCACUACGGCCCUUUUGACCCUUCCCUACCGUCAGCAGCGCGGCUGCUGCUCAUGCUGUCCAGUGCCAUCCUGGAAAAUCUGAACUAUGUGUUGCCCCUUUCAUUCUGCUUCAGUGACCAGAGGGACUAACCCGGGAAGCACCAAGUCUCAACACUUUUAAUUGUUCUAACAUAAGGAAUUGCCUUCUGUCCCAUUCAGCCUCUGCGCUCUCUCUCUCUCUCACACACACACACACACACACAACCGUGGAAUCUGUCGCUUCAAAGGAGAAUACUUUGUAAUUGCUGCUGUAAGUUUUAUGGGGCUCCUUUUGUAUUAAAUGAUGCUCCUGUCAAAAUACCAGAUAUACAGUAUGGCAGUUUUGAGGGACAUAGAAACAAGGUUCUAUGCAAAUUCUCUAACCAGAAUGUCAUGUUCUAUAGGUCGCACUUAGUUGUGGUUUGGUCUUUUACAGGAAAAAUGUAUAUAGUAUCUUUUGGUUGCCAAAUGCAGAGCAAUUGUUCAGUACAUUAUUCAUCUAAAUCUCUGGAACAGUUGUAAUGUGGAUCAUUGGAAAGGCAUAUAGUAUACAUUUUACAGAGAUAAAUAUGAAAGAAAAGGGAUAGAGAAUAAUGAAUGAUGUUAAACAGCCAUCGUUGAUCUUAAUACUUUUCUGAAAUAUCCUCAAAGCAAAAAGUUUUUUUUUUUUUUUUGUUUUUUUUUUGCAUGAGAGAAAUUUGGCUUACUAAUUAAGUUCAACUAAUGCAGAAAGAGUCGAUCAGGCAAGCAGAGUCACUUGCUGCAACUGGUCUUGUUAAUCGUUGCUUCUGCAGGCUUGUAUCAAGUGUGAUGAGGAGCGGAGACCCCACCAUGUCUUCAUAUGGGCUACAGUUAGUUGAAGGGGGCAUAUUUCUCCUGUUUUCUUGCUAUUGACCAGUUUUGGUGUUACAUGAACAGUUGAAUACAUUUAAUUUCCAAGAUACCGUAUCUGUUUUUUAAGCAUCUAAUUUAAUAAAUCACUGGUCAAAAGAAAAA